GCACUUUUGUGCUGCUCGAUGGCUGCACAGAACCGCUAGUUGAAGGGUCAAGCUGGUCUUCAAGAGUCAGCUGUGAAGUGAGGGGAACAACUCCCUCCAGCCACCUUUUUAAGCUCAUCGCCACAAUGGGAUGCUGCUGCUUUCGUUCAUCUCUUCCCCCUUUACAACCUGAACAGCCACUAGACCACAGAGUCUACGCUGAAAACUACACACGACAGGAUCGCUCAACAUUGUGGGAAAACCUUGUGAAGGAAGGUGGAAGUGAGAUCAUCCGUUUUAAUAGAGUGGAGGACAUUCGCACGUAUGACCCUGGGACACCUGAUCCCUCUCAAAUUGGCGUGCUCAUCCUCACAGAGUUGUUCUUGUGGUGGCAUUCGACGCCCCCCACAUCAAGCACAAGUGAUGCAGUCUCGACACACACAAAGCCCUCAAAGAGGUCUAGGAUAAGAGGUGGAAGCUCUUUCGUAAUUGGCUAUGACAUGAUAGAGGAGGUGGGCAUCGUUUGCUUUGAUGCCGGUGGAUGUGCUGUACGCGUUCUUGCGCGUGAGGUCUACGGAGAGCCCAUUGAGGUGAUUUUCCGAGUCCUUGAGCCUGCGGAGACCCUUCCUGCCUUCACUACUACGAUUCCAGAGGAGGAGGAGGGUGGGGCAGAAGGCAGCGAAGCUUGGCAUCAGACCCUGGCUGGCGCCUUGGAUCGAGUGCUUAAAGCAUACAACUGGGCGCACUAUUUUCUUCACUGCGGGCUGCGGCAGCACGACUUAUUUGAGCAUCGUGGGGUUGACCGACCCCAGCUUUCACUUCUUCCGAAUGAGGAGGUAACACAGACCUUCAAUGAGAUCCUGAAUUUCGGAGCAUCUCAAGAGGACCUGGUUGGGAGCCUCAUAAUCACAAACUGCCGAGUCGUUUGGGCGUUAGAUCGGGAUAGAACUACCUACAACGUCAGCGUGCCUCACAGGGCACAUGUUCCCUCUUUGACAGACACGCAGACUUUUGGGUUAUGCCUGGUACUACAUAUCCCGCAGCCCUUCCUUUGCAAUCCAGAUCACUUUGGGGGAAUGCGCUUGGGCUUUGGAGCUGCGGGCCUUAAGGGCCCUGAGCGGAAAGAUAGACUGGAGUCCAUCCUUGCACACAUCAAGGAGCAGCAAGGUAAAUUCAUGGCACAGCCGAAGUACGGGGUUGCAGACUACAUGCGAAACCACCGUCAAUAUCAGGUCGAGUCCAAUGUGCGCUUGCUGCAUGCCCUGAGCCACCUGGACAUUCUGAGUGAGAAGACUCGGCCAGACAUGCAGGAAGCAAACUUGGAAGGGGAAGUCAGUGAGUGCGUGAUUUGCCUGGAGCAGGUUUGCAGUGAGUCAAGAUUGGCAUACUUGCUGGCGGCGGGCAAACUUGGCUGGGCAUGCAGGCAUAUCUUCCACUUGGAAUGUGCGCAGCAGCUGGCAACCCGUAAAUGCCCAGUGUGUCGAUCCGGCUUCAGUGAAGUGCGGGAGAUGCCAGACAUUCGACAUAGCCCGGGAGCCUGGUUCGACGCCAUGGAUGUCGAUCGCACUGGCGAUUUGGAUUUGGAUGAGGUCCUGGGAGCGCUGUCCGUGGUGCUCCCAAUUGACCGCGACAAGUUAGAGGCCCUUCUGAAGCCUGAUGAGGCUCCAGCAGGGCCAGCAGAGACAUCAGAAUCGGUGCUGAACCAGACUGUCGCGACUGAAGGUGACAACGGAGCAUUGGUUGCAGAGGGAGGAAAAUCCAAGGACGAGACGGAGGGUGCCUUGAAGGUGCCUCCCUUGCCGGUGAUGCCAUCUUCAGCCCUGUGGAGGCAAUGGGACAAAGCAGGCACUGGCCGCAUCACCCGGCAAGCCUUCGAGGAUCCGGAAGGAGGAUUACUGGUUUGGAUUCUGGCCAGACUAAAGCUUUUCCAUCGUGGCCAACGACCUCAUCCAUGUUUGGCAGCCGCUGCGAGUUUGGAAACACUGGGCAAGUGGUUUGACUUCUGGGACUGGAGCCAGGUGGGAUUCCUGACGCGUGGUCAGGUCACUCGUGCCAUCGCGAGGGAAUUCGAAGGUCGACUGCCUGACCUGAAAUGCUUGGAUUUAGUGAAAGAGAUCUGGGACAAAUCCACAGAGGAAGCCCUGGCGAAGCCAGUGACUCCCCGCUCACGGGUUGCGACGCCAACGCACGUUCCGGACGAAGAGCCGGAGAGCCCAAAGUCAGGACAAAAGAGCAAGGAACAUCUUGCGAAGGCCUACGCCGAUCCGUGGAACCUUAGAGAAGGUAUUUGCUCCAGAGGAGACUUUCUGGAAGGAGGUCUUGGGUUUACACUGCGCUUGAAACUCCUAGAGGCCACGGCUGAGAGGUCUGCGGCAGGCCGCCAUCGAAAGACGUCGAAAGAGAUGCGCAACAUGUUCAGCUUCGAAGAAGCUUUGGUGGUAGCAGCUGGAUCAACUGGAUCCACUGGAACCAGGCUUUUCCAAACACUCACAGAGUGUGCUAGCAAGAAGCGUAUGGGUGAUCCAGAACCCUUGGUGAAUGUGCGCCUUUCGCAGAGUGCAUUGUCAGUGGACACAAGCUGUGGUAUAUGUGCUGCAUGAGGGAGGCUAAUUCCACACCCAAGCUCCCCAGCUUGCAGCAGCAAGAAGUGAGC